UUGUGUUAAGACGUGUUAAGCCGGAAUCGGUUACCUGUCCAAUUUCCAAUACCAAGCGGGUCUACCAAAAAAAAUUAGAUUUUAAAAAAAGAAAAAAAAAAAAUGAAAAAACAAAACCCAUUAAUAAUCGAAAUUAAUGUAUCAAGUGUUGAAGUGUUAAAAAUGAGUUAAUUUUUGUACAAAAAAAAAAAAUAAAAUAAAACAAAAAGGUUAAACAAGAAAAAAGAAUCCCGUGGAGCAGAUGUCGAUGGAGUGGAUAAGAUAGUGUGGUGAUUUGGUUUAUAUAACAUAAACAAAACAAAAUCAAAAACAAAAAAAAUUAAAAAAUAAAAGAAGAAAAAUGUGAGGCUCGUCCCCAGCCAUGCGGUUACAAGUUGUGAAAACAAAAGAUUUGGAAAAAAAUUAAAGUUUUGUAAAAAAAUUGAAUUGUUUCAUUGAAAAACGAGCUCCCUUGGCCGAUCUUUUAAGUCUGUGAGAAUUUUUCCCUUGAAUGAAAUCUAAGCCUCAAAGGGGAGUCUACAAUUGAGUCAAGAGUUGUUCGUGAGGCCCAUUCGUCUUCUUUCAAACAGAAAUGCAAUUGUAAUUAAAAGAAUAAAACGACAACAACACCAACAAUAAGACAACAAAUUGGAUUAAAGCCAUUAAUAUUAACCCACUGUUAAAUGGUUAAAGCCAAAUGGUGGUUUAGGUGGUAACACAAAACCCCUGUGAAUGAAAAGUGCGUCCAUUGAAGAGGGGCUUUUCAAGUUCAGUCCAAAGCGAAUUCUGUUCUAAGCAUAUUUGUUUAAGCUGAAGAGUUUGUUUUUUCUUUGUUUCAAGAAUGUCAGCCAGCCUGCAGUUAAGGAGAAGUGUUUAACAAAAGAUACUGGUAGAGUACCCGUGUAACAUUUCCCCAGCAGAACUACUACUUGGAAGAAAAUUCUGUGCUUGCAUGGCAAAGUAGAAACAAAGCAAACGAAACGAAAAAAAAAGUUCCUCUAAAGUAGUUGCGUUGCAAAAAAAAGAAGAAGAAAAUAUUUGUUAAGCAGCUUCAAAGAUGUAUUGCCAUUGUUAAAAAUAACAUCCGCGAAUUCAUGUUAAAACUCCCACACCACUCAGUUUCCCCUCUCACCCUUAAAUGAAGCAGUAACAAAUUUAAAGUAAAAAAAAAACAAAACAUUGAAGCCUGAGAAAAGUCAGAAACUACAGCAACGAAAGAAUCUUGAGCAGUAGUGCAUAAAAGAAAUGUUAUAAAAUGUCAUCAACUGCAUUGUGUUAUCUUCAAGAUUAAACGAAGGUUAUGGCUGCUUUAGAAAGAAUCAAAAUAAAACUCUGCUGAUGCUUAAGGAUUAUUAUUGCAUAAAUUCACACAGAAUUUCAAAUGUUAAAGCACAACACCCAAGAGAAGAUAGCAGCAAAAGGUAAUCUAAAUGACAGCACAAAAGGAGCAACAGUUGUAAACACAUCAAAUACGGUUUGCUGAGGCAUAUCUUAACUUUUCUAAUGUAUGCAGCUCGUGCUUCACAAUUUGCCAAAACCAUUACCAUGGCUUGCAGUGUGCAAAAACAACCUUCGGCAAAUCCUUUGCCAAAAGGCUCCUCUUCAUCGGCAGGGCCCACAACACCGAAACCCAAAAUUCCUGGCGCUCCCAGGGGUUCAUUGCCCACGGAUAUGGUGGCCCAGCCGCCGUUGGAGUUUCAAUGGCCCCCACCCAUACCGGUGUCGACACACACCAAUAAUGUGAGGCUAAAUAUGAUGAAUCAGGACCCCAAGGAUCUGCACACCGCCCGAGCAAUGAUCGAAGAACUUAGAUCUAAGGUUAGAUUUCAAGCGGAACAUAUCAUGAAAUGGAGAAAGGCCUAUGCUCUGCAGGUCCAACAACAGUACCGCUAUCAAAAGGAGAAGAGUGAUCAAAUGAAUGCCUUAACGUCUCAACUGCUACUGCUCGAAUCCCGCUUGAAGCGUAAACAAAAACAAAUCUCCAGUCUUUUACAACAUCGCGAGAUGACGAUACAAAGACAGCAGAAAAUCAUAGAUACCCUCUCCACACGCUUGGUCGAGCAUGGCCUGGAAACGAUCGAUGCAAGUUACGCCACCGAAUUGGAUUCGCUCAAUGACUCCGACUCUGCUGUGGUGCUCGAGGACAUGGACUCCGAUACCAAUAUGACUCUCAUAGGUGGUGGCAUACGAAGAAAAGGCUCCAGCGGCGGCAGUGGCGGUGGCUCCUGCUCCCUGGGAGGCUCGGGAGGAGAUGGCAUCACCGUUGCCCGUUCCAUAUCAGAUGCCAUUGAGACGAGUCUCAACAAAUAUGGUGUUGUGCGGCGCAAUAACUGUUUCUUGCGUAGACCCGAAAUUCUUGAGACUGUUUAUUCCGUAGAAGAAGACCCCGAACCCACGUCUGAUGUGGCCGAGAAGAGGGACAAAUUUAAGCAAAGAUCUGAAAAGGCUUUAAGCUCCAGUUCCACCGAAGGCCAAUUGGACACUGUGGACAUAGCAACACCUCCCGGCUCAACCACCAAUGGGUCAAUACCCCUGACAACCGUUACCAUAACCGCUCCCGAAGAUUUAACCAAAGACAGAGAUCAACCUCCCUCCUCACCCAAUUCAGAUGGCUUCACCACCGCCUUGGUUAUGCGUGUGCCUCAACUGCAAAGAAAUGCCAAAUCUAUGGAGGAUCAACAGCGCUCCAUGAGCAAAGAAGACGAAGAACAAAAUGGCGAACAGCCUGUGAAAUCACAAAACCCUAUGACUAAUUACAAUCGCGUCAUGUCCAACCAUCGCUCGGUGACCAAACCCAAAGAUGUCAAAUAUAAACGCAUCAACAAGGCAAAGUCCAAGAGCCUGGAAGAGCUAAGGGGUCGCUUAAAAAAUCUGGUGGAAAAGGUCGAUCCGGUAUUGGGCGGUUCGGUAUACUCUCCCAAUGUCAUACCGCAAACAGCCCAGUCCUAUGCGUGACAAUUGCCCCCCAAUGAGAAUGCUUGUGCAACCACGCCCUCUUCCAUGAAUAAUACACCCUCCAGAAGUAAUGAGUUCUCCCAGAUUAAUCGAGAACGCAAACCCACCUCCGAGGUGUCUCUGGCCUUGGCUGUAAUGUCGGUGGCCAAGCACGCUGGGCCAAAACGUUCGCUGACCUUGCCACGCAUAUUGGUGCCACAGGCAGCCCUGCACAAUAGCGGCAAUGGUUCGGCUGGAUCUGGAACGGGUGGGGGCAGUCGUAGCAGUUUCUAGCAAUUAAAGAAAUUUUUCAUUCGUAAUUGUGAUAAAAAAGUGAGAGAAUAAAAGAUUUUCAAGAUGAUUUUUUGUGUAAAAAACUAUUAAAAAACUGAUAAUAACGAUUACUAAUUUUUUGUUUAACAAAAUUUUGUGUAAUUUUCUUUUCAUUUUGUAAGAAAAAAAACUCAAUUUAGUUGGUAU